AUGGAGGCCGUGGGCGCUACAGCCGCCAGCUGCAGCAUCCUUAAUCUGCUCGUGAAGGCCGCCAAGCAAGUCAUUUUGUUGAUAAGUGAUGAGUGCCCUGAUCUGUAUGCCGUGCGCGACGGGGUGAAGUCUCUGGUAGUGCAACUGAAACUCCUUCAGAGGGACCAGGAAAUGCACCCCGAGCUGGCCAAGAACGUACCCUUGUUGCUUGACAAUUGCCUCUGCGUCCAGAAUGACCUGGAGGACCUCAAGCGCGAAUUCCUUGCAAACUCGGCAAAGUGGACUAUUUACGGCAAGGAAAAGCUUGCUAGUCUUCAAAGUCGGCUGCAAACGUUUACGAGUUCCUGUGAAGUCAUGUUCCAGGGACUGAAUAUCGAACAGUCGCGAUCUUGGAAAAAGUCCAUUGACGACAUGAUGGAACGGUCCAAACCGCGCAGCUCAAUGCUCUCGCUCUAUCCAGAAGCAGAAUCCGCGAAUGCAGCAACUAGGGCGCCAGUCGGAGACGCAUUGCCUCACAUCAUUAGCACUCACGGCGCGGCCCUCCGAAACACCAAGACAUGGAGAAGCGACGAUGCAAGCCCAAGCCCGGGAUCUGGGGUCACGAAGGCCGUUACUGGAAGCACACAAUCCAGCUCAGUUCCCGGCAGAGACCUCAUGGAUGCCGCGCAUCUACGUGCCCUGGGUGUCCUCGCUCGUCGCUCCGUCGGACCUGCUGAGUCGACACUUGAGGAGUGCAACCAGACAUUGCAAGCAUUAAUGGACUUGCAAUCGAAGCAUGAGAAGCUCCUGGAGAAUGAUGCCGGCGCGCAAACGGCCGUGGACGGCGCCAUCGCUGCGCUUCAAGCGGCACUGGAUCGAGUGAGACCCGGGGUCGAGUCUUGCGUCAAAGACCCAGAGAGGCCGCUGAAGAGCAUUCUCAAUCAAAUCAAGUGGUUGUCCCACGACAGAAAAAUGUUCAAAAAGCACCUUCCAGACAUGGUUGACAAGUAUGACAAGGCGCUACUUCAGAUCGGCUCCUUGGAACGGAUGGCGACCGACGCCGCAAGCCGAGAGGCGGCUGACAUGCUUCGACAGAGGGUAAAAAUGGUCGAGAAGGAGGCUGAGGGUCUUGAGCGCUUGAAUUCUUUCAUGGGUCAUUAG